AUGAAUUCCAACAAUAAUAAUAACAAUGACAGUUCAAGCGAGGACGAUAUGUAGGUGUAUGAAACGCUUACGAAAUUGCCUCCUGCAAACGAAUUAUUGCCUAGGAAAUUGACAAUUGAUAUUGAUGUAAAAUCAUUGUACCCUCUCAAAUCAUUGCCAUAAUUUUGUAAAACUUAUGUCCCUUUUUUAGAAGAAUCCACACAUCGCAAUUGUGCAAUUUCUGAAACUCCUGUUGGCGAUGACAAUAGAACUCUCCUUGAUUAUUAUGAUGAAAAUAAACAAAAUCUUGUAUUUAAGCGAUUUGAUCAGUUGGAUUUAGGAAAAAGGACUAGCAAUGACAGAACUUAUUUUGCCACUCUAAUUGCUAAUUUUAAAAAGACACAGCCAAGAGUCUUCUUUAGAGGAGAAGCACUUUUUGAUUAAAAAUUAACAUCCUGCGCUUCUGAUUAAAUACAAUUCGAUUCAAAUUUUGAAUCGGGCAACCUCUUUUGCGCCUUUAAGAAAUCAGAAAACGUGUAUGAUUUGAUCAUUUAAAAUGAUAUUAAUACAAGGGGAAACACUUAAUGGUUCUUUUUUAGUGUAACUGGAGCUAAGGCAGGAUAGACCAUAUAAUUUAAUUUGCUCAAUCAUUUGAAAAAUGGCAGUCUUUUUAAUGAGGGAUUGCAACCAGCUGUCUAUUCUAUUAAGGAUAACCAACUAAGUGGAACUGAAUGGUGUAGAGAUGGAUUCAACAUUAGCUAUUUUAAAAGUCAAUUUAUGAAGGAAUACCCACUUUCACUGAAGAAAAAGUACUAUCAAUUGAGAUUUCAUUACACCUUCAAGCACAAUGAUGACAAGGUCUUCUUUGCUCACUCCUAUCCAUACACAUACACAAAUUUAUUGGAAUACUUAAAUACACAGUUAGACGAUCAAGAAAGAAAUCAACAUCUAUCACGUAAAGUUCUAUGUACAACACUCGGAGGGAAUACUUGUGAAGUGCUGACCAUUACUUCAAAUUCACUUUAGCGUAGAGCCUAUAGAAAAGGUGUAGUAUUUCUAGCUAGAUAACAUCCUGGGGAACCUUAAGGCUCUUAUGUAAUGCAAGGAAUCAUCGACUUUCUAACAUCUAAUAACCCUUAGGCUGAGUAUUUGAGAUAGAACUGCAUUUUUAAAUUAUUCCCAAUGAUGAACCCAGAUGGAGUUAUUAAUGGAAACUAUAGAUGUGGUUUGGAGGGCAGCGAUUUAAAUCGAAGAUGGAAGAAGCCAAAUAAGUAUUUACAUCCCAGUGUCUAUUAUGCUAAAAAAUAUGUCAAAGGGUUUAGUAAGGAGAGAUAAAUCAUUCUUGUCAUUGAUUUACAUGGUCAUUCAAGAAAGUAAUCCUCGUUUGUUUAUGGAUGUGCUUAUUCUUCUUAAGUUAAAACUAUCGAACGAGUGUUCGCUUUGUUGAUGGCUAAAUUAAAUCCAUUUAUGGAUUAUCCCUCUUGUACUUUUAGGAUUGAGAAUUCCAAAGACAAAACAGCCAGAAUACAACUUUGGAGAGAAUUAAAAAUCAAUUGGGUUUAUACUUAUGAAUGCAGUUUUUAUGGUCAACAGAAAAAACAUUACUAGAUCAAAGAUUAUCUUAACUGUGGUGUUAGUAUUUGCAAUGCCCUAUCAUAAAUUGUAAAAGAUACAUCAAAAGAAUUCACCAAUCAAGCCAAUGUCCCUGAUAUCUAAUAAUAAAUACUAGAGGAAUUAGGCAAGAUGCCACAGACUGAUGAUUUAGAUAAUGGAUCCGAUUCCAGUUAAUCUGAAGCUGAAUUAUCAGAUGAUGAAUUAGUUCAAUUAUUUUAACCCAAGACUUAUUCAACUAAACAAAAAAACUACUUAAAGUAAUAGGAAUUCAAUAGCAAAAAAAAACCUUUACCUGUUAAUCCAAAAUCUACAUUAAACUCUUAAAAAGCAUCCAUUUUAUAAGAAUCCCCUUCUAAAAACUCAGAACAAAAGCCUCCCAUGAGCAGUUAAAAACCCAAGAAUACACUCUAUAGAAUCUAAGCUCCUUAACGGCUAAAAUAGAUUGAGUAGGCCAAACAACCAGAUCCUCCUCUCAUGGUUGAUAAAUCUGUAUAGACAGAUGAUUGGAUGUACAGAUAAUGGCUCAUUCAAAUGGGAAAGAUGAAGAAACAGUAAGAAUUUCUGAGUGUUACUCCAACAAGAAAUAUAUAUAAAUCUUCAUCGCAAUCAGUAACUAGAUUUAUCGUUAAGAAUUCAUCAACAAAAAACGAUAGAGGCAGGAUAGAUUCAAUUUCAUUAGUAUCUUCAGGGCUAUAAAACAAAUUAAGUAAAUAUUAACUAUCAAAUAAGUUUCCUCUAGUCAAUAGCGGUAAAUGA